AUUUCUCAUGUAUAUGCCAUCCAGCUUGCUUAUCCUCCCUCUUUCUGUCCCCAAAGAGCAAAAACUCUACAAUGCCUUCUGAAGGCUGUCUGCCUGCUAUCCUCUCUGCCCACCUACCGUAGGGAGCAGCUCCUCCCACCUGCACAUAAAAGCCAAGUGCAUGCUACCAGCAGCAGAUCAGAGCACUUUCUCAGUCCUCCACUGUUUCGAGCCAGUGAUCUUCUCUCCUUGGAUCUUGUGUACUCAAGAAAAGAAAAUGCAGAUUGUCAGAAUCCUUCAAAGUUGAUACUCAGCACUGUUAUGAUCUCUUCAUUACUGGAUGUGGAGUCUGGAUAUCAGAAUUGGUAUAGUGAAGUACUCUCCUAUUAGACUGAGGACUAACCUAAAAUCAACAAAAUAACACCAGGCCUAACACAAUCAGGAAAUCUGUGUCUCUUAGAGUGAAAAGCAACCAAUCUGUCCGUCUUCUGCCCUGUCCCAAAACCUCAAUGUGAUGGUCAUGCUGCUCUUCCCUGUGCAGCUGCUGGCAGUGGCUGCCACUGUUUAUCUAGAGCUGGUGAGGUCUGCUCAAGGUGGUGCCUACUAUGGGAUCAAGCAGCUGCCACCUCAGGUGCCCCAGUACCAACCCCUCGGACAACAAGUACCUCACAUGCCACUGGGCAAAGAAAGCAUCCCGAUGCAGCACCUGGGCAAGGAGGUGCCCCACAUGCCCUAUGGGAAGGAGUACCCCCAUCUGCCCCAGUACAGGAAGGAGGUCCCGCAGAUACCCAUGCUCGGCAAGGAUAUGGCUCCCAAGAAAGAGAAAGAAAUUCCUAUGCGCAGUCUGAGGGGUGAGCAAGGCCCCCCGGGUGAGCCUGGACCAAGAGGGCCACCAGGGCCACCAGGAUUGCCAGGUCAUGGUAUACCAGGAGCCAAAGGAAAACCAGGCCCACAAGGAUACCCAGGAAUUGGAAAGCCGGGUUUGCCAGGGAUGCCAGGAAAACCAGGGGUCAUGGGGCCCCCAGGGCCAAGAGGGGAGAUGGGGCCAAAGGGGGAGAUUGGGCCCAUGGGGAUACCUGGACCACAAGGACCACCAGGGCCUCACGGACUUCCUGGCAUAGGGAAAGCAGGUGCUCCAGGGCUGCAGGGGCAACCAGGGCCAAAGGGUGAGCCUGGGAUGAAGGGGCCACCAGGAAUCCCUGGGAUCCCAGGACCAAAAGGGGAGAAGGGGGUCGGGAUCCCGGGUUUGCCAGGUUUGAAGGGUCCACCUGGGCUGCCUGGUCCCCCUGGCCCCGUGGGGCUACCAGGGGUCGGCAAACCAGGCAUGGUUGGCUUCCCUGGCCCACAGGGACCCCUGGGCAAACCCGGACCUCCAGGAGAGUUAGGGCUGCAGGGGCCUCCAGGGGCACCUGGGAUCCAAGGCCCCCCUGGCCCACCUGGCAUUGGCAAACCAGGCCAGGACGGCAUGCCUGGCCAACCUGGCUUCCCAGGUGGCAAAGGGGAGCAGGGACUGCCAGGCCUGCCGGGGCCCCCCGGCCUCCCUGGGGUUGGGAAGCCGGGCUUCCCCGGGCCCAAAGGGGAGCGAGGUGUGGGUGGUCUGCCUGGCCCUCUGGGGCCGAAGGGGGAGAAGGGGCACGCGGGGCCCCCUGGCAUGGGAGGGCCACCAGGGGAGCCCGGUCAGCCAGGACUGCCGGGCAUCAUGGGGCCCCCGGGGGCUGCCGGCUUCCCAGGGCCUAAAGGGGAAGGGGGUGCCGUAGGGCCACCAGGACCAGUCGGCCCCAAGGGAGAACCUGGCCUGCAGGGUUUCCCGGGAAAGCCAGGCUUUCCUGGGGAAGUGGGUGGCCCUGGGCUGCGGGGGCUGCCGGGCCCCACAGGACCCAAGGGGGAAGCCGGACACAAAGGCUUGCCGGGGCUGCCGGGUGUCCCAGGGCUUGUGGGGCCAAAGGGUGAGCCCGGGCUCCCGGGUGCCCAAGGGCUUCAGGGCCCCUCGGGCAUCCCGGGCAUCGCGGGACCCAGUGGUCCCAUCGGCCCCCCUGGGCUGCCAGGGGCCAAGGGCGAGCCGGGCAUGCCCGGCCCCCCCGGCUUCCCUGGGGUAGGCAAACCUGGUGCUGCGGGGCUGCAGGGACCCCCAGGAAAACCUGGGGCUCUCGGUCCUCCUGGCCAGCCGGGGCUUCAGGGGCCACCGGGCCCCCCCGGGCCGCCAGGUCCCCCGGUCAUCAUUCCGCCCACUCCGCCAGCCGUGGGACAGUACCUGCCUGAGGUGGGGCCAGGGAUAGACGGCGUGAAGCCUCCCUACGGCUCCAAGGGCAAGAAAGGCAAGGCUGGCGGCGUUGUCUACGAGAUGCCCGCGUUCACGGCAGAGCUCCUCACGCCCUUCCCCCGCGUCGGGGUGCCCGUGAAGUUCGACAAGCUCCUGUACAACGGCCGGCAGAACUACAACCCUCAGACUGGGAUCUUCACCUGCGAGAUCCCCGGCGUCUACUACUUCGCCUACCACGUCCACUGUAAAGGCGCCAAUGUGUGGGUGGCGCUGUACAAGAACAACGAGCCGCUCAUGUACACCUAUGACGAGUACAAGAAGGGCUUCCUGGACCAGGCUUCGGGCAGUGCCGUGGUGCAGCUGAUGCACGGAGACAAGGUUUACAUUCAGAUGCCAUCCGAGCAGGCAGCAGGACUCUACGCCGGGCAGUACGUUCAUUCGUCAUUUUCAGGGUAUUUAUUGUAUCCCAUGUAAAACAAAACAGACACACACACAACACACACACAAAAUCAAAACCUUUCUCCUCUGCUUCAAACUUACACCACAAAAGAUGCAUUUUUAUGACCAUUUUGGACCAUCUUGUACAAAAACAAAAAAAUAAAUACAAACUUUAACAUUAUGCACAGCUAGUUAUAAAAAAAAGGUGUGGUGAACAUAUCUAAAGAUGUGUAUCAGGUUCAUAAGCAGUUUUUUUGCACCCAAGGGGGACAUAUUAGCUGUACAUUAUAUAUUUCUGCAAUGCCAUGCUUACUUAAGUUCAUUCACAGUAAUUCAGUACUAAAGUUCAAAUCAGUGUAUGUCACUCAGUCCUGUUGCAUUGAUCAUAGUUAUGAGAUGAAAAACAGUGACUAAGCAAGAGUAGGUGAGUGUCUAAUUAUGUUAAAAAAUUUGAGUGGCUUAUUUGGGUGGGGGGUUUCUUGGGUUUUUGACAGCUCAUCUGCCUGACAAGCAAAGGUUCUCUUAGCUGGAGACUUGUAUUUCUCUUCUCCUGUAGUAAAAUAAUCCUGCAGGUG